AUGACUCACCUCUGUAACCUGCUCCAACUACAAAAGCUGAGAUUUCACAAGCUGGAAACAGCAAAAGAAAUGAUGGCAGAACAUGGAGUCCUUUGUGAUGGGCAGGAAGCCACCUAUUGUAUGAACGGAGGGACGUGCUAUAACAUACUUUCCAUGAAUACACUCUCCUGUGUGUGCAAUGAAAAUUUCAGAGGCAGCCGAUGUGAGCAGUUCCAGCUCUCCAGCUAUAACACCAAAACAACAGAAGCAGGGUUAAUUGCAGCCGUGGUCAUCGUUGUCCUCCUAAUCUUAAUGAUGCUGGCAGUUGUUAUCUACUACAUACGCAGGAUGUUGAAAGCCAAGCAACAGAGCCAACAGAACAAUCAGCCAGAGUAUUGGAGAGUAAAACCCAGGGUAUGAUCUGUCUUCUGAUGUACAUUGGUUUCUCUUUUGGCUGGAGUGGGAGGGUGGACUGGGUGGGAUGAUGAAAUAAGUCUCAGAGAUGAGUGUCACUUGCCUGACUUGAGUGUGACUCAAGACCAACAGGCAGGAGGAAAACUGUUUGUUUGCCAUUAACCUUGAAAGCGUAAGCGCAGUAUUUUUCACUUUAUUUCCCCCAUGUUUUGUGUCUAAGUGACCAAUGGGGACAACAUUCAAAUUGGUCCAGUAUUGAGCUGUAAUGCAAGGGGCAACUGCUUACUGUCAAUCAACGUCUACUAAAAGUUCUUGCUUUUUCCAGUGACAUGUUUAGAUUGUUAUUAUAACCCUAACAACAUUAUGGAGAGGACCCUACAGAGGUUUUCUGUAUCCUUUGCUUAAUCCUGUCACUUUGUUAGUGUGUGUCUUGCUCAGAAGAGUCUCGUUCUGUCAUGUUGCGUGGCAAAAAAUAAGCAUUAACAUUCAGCUAUGACAUCAAACUCAGCUACGCUUUCUGUACUCCAACCCAACAAAGUCAGACAACACCGGUGUCCCUCGGCACUCUAAAUUGACAGUGAGCAGUUGCCGAGAGAUUACAUUACAGCCCGUUUUGCGACUGGUGUCUGCAGCGUUAUCCCUCAGUACCGGACCAAUUGAAAAUAAAUGGUGUCCCCAUUAGUUACUGAGACACAAGAACAUGGGA